AUGGCUCUAUUUCAACUGCGCGAGGUUCUUUUCUCGCCAAGAAUUCUUGCCCUGUGCUUUUCUGUGUACCUUAUAGUUGGUGUUCUCUACAGAAUCUUCUUCCACCCUCUUAAGAAGAUACCUGGUCCUUGGUAUGCGGCCGCAACGUACUGGUACGAAUUUUACCAAGAUGUGAUUCUCAAUGGCAACUACAUCAAGGAGUACCCUGAUCUUCACGCCAAGUAUGGCCCAGUGGUUCGGGUGUCUCCCAGUCGCGUGCACGUUAGUGAUCCAGAUUACUUCAAAGAGGCUUACGGAAGUGGCACAAAAUAUAUCAAGGAUCCCGACUUCUUCCAGAGCGCUGGUGGUAUCAAGCACUCCAUCAUCAUGUUGAUUGAUCCCGAGGUUCACAAAGAACGAAAGAAUACAGUCCAAUCCCUUUUCUCGACCAAACAUGUUGAACACUUGGCGCCUGUCGUUCUGGAUGUUGUGCAGAGAGCAAUGGCAAAGGCGCAGCGUGCCCUCAAGAAUGACCAGCCGAUUAACUUGCAACCAUUUUAUCAAUGCAUUACUGUUGACACUAUUAUGCCUGUCUUGUUUGAUAGACAGUUGAAUUUUGUUGAUUGCGACGAAGACGAGCCACCGUUUUUGAGCUUGUUGGGCAAGUUUGUUGACAAGUUCUUCCUCACUAAGCACUUUCCCUUGAUCAGCCACAUUGCUAUGAGUUUACCUCUCAGUGUAGCAAGGACGGUUUUGCCAAGCUACGUCGCUUUUCGAGAGCAAUGCGCCACAUGGAUUAAGGAAGACGAAGAGAAACAGCGCAACGGCCAAAGAAUAGCUGAUGGUCGCAAGACAUAUUUCGAUCUCCUUCUGGAAGCAGAGAAAACAAAGAGGCUCCACAAGCUCGGCCAAGAGGCACUCGUUGACGAAGCACUGUCUGUGUGUUUUGGUGGAACUGAUACCAAUAGCAUUGCCCUUAGCUUUGGCACAUACUUCUUGCUCAGGAACCCGGAUAAGCUUCAGAAGAUGUUGGACGAGUUGAAAGACGCGCCUACGAAUAUGGAUGGCCUCUAUGAGUAUCAUACUGUUUCCAAACUGCCUUAUCUUACUGCAGUCAUCAAAGAGAUACUUCGGCUGGGAUCCCCAGUGCCUGGUAUCAUUCCCCGCAGAGUCCCUGCCGGCGGCGCUUCCGUCGGAGGACAUUAUCUUCCGGAAGGCACCACCGUUUCACAGGCUCUUCGGCUGAUAAACGUCAACUCGGACGUCUAUUCGGAGCCUGAGAGAUUCAUUCCUGAAAGGUGGCUUGGCAAAGCCGGCUGGGAACUGGAGAAGUACUUUGUGCCUUUUAGCAAAGGGCCCCGAGCUUGUAUAGGCGUGAACAUUGCAUAUCUUGAACUCUACGUGUGCUUUGCAAACCUUUUUAGCCGCUUUGAGAUGGAGCUAUUCGAGACGAACGAGAGCACCCUUAAGUGGGUAGACAAUGGCGUAACGAGGCUGUUGAAGCCGAUGAGAGUCAAGAUCAAGUCGAUUAGAGGCGUUGGCCAGUGA